AGAUUCUAUAAAUUGAAAAGCUCGUUCGUUAUCGCUAUUAAUUCGAAAUCAUGAAGUACAACGGGCUGCUGCUACUGAUUUUAUGCGCAAUAAGGUCAUCUGCAGCGGAUGUAGAUGACCCGACACUUGUCACUUUACCAGAGGGCCAAAUAAGAGGUCAAGCCUUGCAGUCUCCAAACGACAAUGUUUAUUACGCAUUUCAAGACAUACCGUACGCAGCUCCACCUAUAGGCGAAUUAAGAUUUCAGGCACCUGUAGCGCCAGCAAAAUGGGAAGGAAUAUUAAACACCACGAAAAAUGAAAAAGUUUGUUACCAAGGUGGAGACGUCUACAUACCGAUUCCCGGAAUAAUCCAAACGGAAGACUGUUUAUACUUGAAUGUUUACACUCCUCUGAAAUCUGGAAAUACUUCACAAACCCCAUUAGCGGUGUUAAUAUGGAUACAUGGAGGUGGAUUUGAAACUGGAUCUGGAGCUAUUAUGAUAUUCAAACCUGGAUUCUUCAUUGACCAUAAUAUUGUUGUUGUCACGAUAAACUACCGUUUAGGAGCUCUAGGUGGCAUUUUACAAAGUGGUACCUCAUUGUCUCAGUGGGCACAUCAAAGCUAUGCAAGAUUCUACGCCUUCGAAUUAGCUCGAAGUUUGGAUCCAAGUUUCACUUCGGAUAACUCAGCCGAAUUACUGGAACUGUUGCAAAACCUACCUGCUUCCGACAUAAACGACAACACAGUUACUGCUGCUGUUGGAAAAGAGUCUUCAUUAUUGGAAAGUUUAAUAUGGCUGCCUGUAAUUGAGGAUGCUAGUCAAGAUGGAGCACUCCUCACGGGUUUAUUUCAUGAAGACAUUAGAACGGGAAACAUAAACCAAGUUCCCAUAAUUAUUGGCUUUAACUCUGAGGAAGGACUAUCGUUUUUGAAUACUGAUCCUUCAGAUGUUGAGACGCGUGCGAAAUAUUUCGACAGUGAUUUAUCCAACCUCAUUAGAAACCAGUUCAAUAUGACCAAAGAGAACAAACUGACAGCUGGCACUAGACUGAGACAAAUUUACACCGAUGGAACAUUCGAAGACGAUCUUGGUAGGGCCGUAUUAAUUUUUUUNCUCGCCUUUCAGUGGGUUAAAAAUAAUAUCCAUUUAUUUGGUGGGGACCCCGAAAAAAUAACGAUAUCAGGUGAAAGUGCCGGAGCGGGAUCUGUGGGAUUACAUUUAUUAAGUCAACGGAAUAAAGGCUUAUUCAGAGGUGGCAUUUUACAAAGUGGUACCUCAUUGUCUCAGUGGGCACAUCAAAGCUAUGCAAGAUUCUACGCUUUCGAAUUAGCUCGAAGUUUGGAUCCAAGUUUCACUUCGGAUAAUUCAGCCGAAUUACUGGAACUGUUGCAAAGCCUUCCUGCUUCCGACAUAAACAACAACACAGUUACUGCUGCUGUUGGAAAAGAGUCUUCAUUAUUGGAAAGUUUAAUAUGGCUGCCUGUAAUUGAGGAUGCUAGUCUAGAUGGAGCACUCCUCACGGGUUUAUUUCAUGAAGACAUUAGAACGGGAAACAUAAACCAUGUUCCCAUAAUUAUUGGCUUUAACUCUGAGGAAGGACUAUCAUUUUUGAAUACUGAUCCUUCAGAUGUUGAGGCGCGUGCGAAAUAUUUCGACAGUGAUUUAUCCAACCUUAUUAGAAACCAGUUCAAUAUGACCAAAGAGAAACAAACUGACAGCUGGCACUGACUGAGGCAAAUUUACACCGACGGAACAUUUGAAGACGAUCCUGGGCAAGUAGUGAAGUUUUUCAGUGACGACUCGUUUACAACUCCAGCUAUUAGGCAUGCAAAGUUACAAUCCAACUAUACCGACGUUUAUAUGUACCAGUUUUCAUACAAUGGCAAUAUGGGAGGUAGAAAGGAUAUAGAAGUCGCAGGUGUUCGAGGUGUUAGUCACGGUGAAGAGUUGGGUUACUUAUGGGACACGCGCUUGCCUCCUGAAUCUCCUGAUGAUCCAGAAGAUGUUACGACGCGUCACCGUUUAUUAACCCUGUGGUCAAACUUUGUCAAAUACUUAGAUCCAACUCCAGAAGUGGACAGUUUCCUAGGUAAUGUGACGUGGGAGAAAGUUAGUCCAAAUAAUUUGGUGUAUUUGAACAUCAACAGUACACUUGAAAUGCAGACAAAUCCAAAAGAAUACCUCAAAUGGGAAAGAAUUAUAGACUUGUAUGCUAUACCUCCAUUGAUUAAUUACUAAUGUAUCUUGAGAA